GAACAGAUGUCGUCAUUGUUAAAAACGGCAGACGAAUAUGUGGCACAGGAGCCUGCUUAGCAAAUGCACCUUUGCAUCAGAGCAAGAGUUAUUUUGAGUUUAAAAUUCAAUCCACAGGGAUUUGGGGUAUUGGAGUUGCAACCCAGAAAGCAAACUUGAAUCAAAUUCCACUUGGUCGAGACAUCCAUAGCCUGGUGCUGAGAAAUGAUGGAGCUCUCUACUACAACAAUGAGGAGAAAAAUAGACUACCAGCAAACAGCCUUCCUCAGGAGGGCAACGUGGUGGGCAUUACAUAUGACCAUGUAGAAUUAAAUGUAUAUUUAAAUGGGAAGAACAUGCAUUGUCCAGCUUCAGGAAUCCGAGGGACUGUCUACCCAGUCGUCUAUGUUGAUGACAGUGCCAUUCUGGAUUGUCAGUUCAGUGAAUUUUACCACACACCUCCACCAGGGUUUGAAAAGAUCCUCUUUGAGCAGCAAAUCUUCUGAAUGUCUUCAUACCGAAAAUUUGCACCUUGCACUGUUACGAAAGCUUUGUCACCUUAAAUAAAGCUUCACGUUACUUUUAGGAAACAUAUCUGUAUUUUUAGUAAGUACUUGUGACUGUUGUCUGCAGAAUUAAUAUGUUAACUGCAACACCAGAUAACUGUGUUGCAAAUACGAGAUUUCUGACAAUGUUUUGUGGUUGAAAAUGAGUGCUUCGGGGCAGGGUUUUUCUCUGAUUUGUACUUGAUGCAUAAGGAAACUAAGGGAUAUUAUUGUCAUCAGUAUUACACUUAGUAUUCUGUAUAAACUGGAGCUCUGUGAAGCCAGUAGUUCUUAUGCAUAUGAUAGCUGUGAAGAUGGAUACUUCUCACGAUUCUUUUCCCAGCUUUUUUCACACAUAAGUUAUAUACCUUGUUUGAAAGAAGCACUGUGUUUCUAGUUUGUGAUUUGGAGUUGCGAUGUCCCAGUUGUGCACAAUGGCUAAUAAUAUGAUGGCAUAACUAACAGCUAGGUAUAUUUUGGGUUUUUUUUCCUGCAAGGUGUUCUUUAAUCCAUUCCUUCAAUCUAAGACUGGCAAAUGCAACUUACUUGUUUCUCCCAGCUUUUCAUUUGCUUUUAUUGUGAC